AUGUCUGGUGAGACGAGGAAUUUUUUGUUGUCUGGCGAGGAGCCAACUACAAGUGAAAAACCAGUGGAUUCCCCCGAAAAAGGAAUGUUUGAUUCCCUCGUUGCCAAAGCGCACAGCAGGAUGUAUGAAAUAUUUGGAGACGUGUCAGAAAGCUCGUCAGAGCUUUCACAAGAAGAUUUCCCGACUUUGUCAGAAAGUAUUGUGACCAAAAGGAUUAUCGAUGUGCCUAGCAUCCAGACUGAGCAGGCGAGAAAGGAGAAAAAAAGUUUUGCGUUGGCAGCUGGGGGUGGAACCCGGCUGCUUUCGACGAACAAGUCAGACUACAUGAAAUAUAGAAAAAUAAUGGAAGUGAACGAUAGUGUGGUUAAAAUACAACCACCGGAGCAAUUUGUUGGAAUAGUUGUUCUCUUCUCUUCUCGUAGAUACUAUGACCAACUUGUUGCCAUUGAAAACAAGCUACCAAUUUCAGAAAACCAGAUAAGAAUUCUAUUCAAGUGGAAAGAUGCUUUUGAUAAAGAAUCUUUUUUUUCCGGUCGGAGAACACUGGGUGUUGUUUCUGGAAUGUAUGAGAAAGUCUGCAUGUUGUUCAACAUUGCUGCCUUACAAAGUCAAAUUGCUGCCUCUCAGAACCAUGAUACUGAUGAAGGACUUAAACUUUCAGUCAAAUUAUUUCAACAAUCAGCUGGUAUAUUCGGACACUUGAAAGAUAUUGUAUUGUCCCACACUCAACAAGAACCCACACCUGACUUGAAUCCAGAGACAUUAGCUGCUAUAAGUGCUCUCAUGUUAGCACAAGCUCAAGAGGCUUUCUACAGGAAAGCGACAUCUGAGAAUAUGAAUGACGGCAUGGUUGCUAAACUUGCUUUACAAUCUUCUGAUCUUUAUGCUGAUGCUAUGAAGCUUUUACAACUCCCGUCCAUUAGAGAAUUGUGGCCGAGGGAUUGGAUCCCUGCUACCGUUAUGAAACAGGCAGCAUUUCAUGCAUUGGCUGAAUAUCACCAGAGCAUUGUGGCUCAAAAGAAGAAGAGCUAUGGGGAAGAAAUUGCCCGAUUACAACAUGCUGAUGAAUUAAUGAAAGCUUCCCAGACUCGAGGAAGUGGUACUUUCUGUUUUCGUACCGAACACAAUAAGGUUGUACGUGCUCUAGAAUUGGCUGUAAAAGAUAAUGAUUUUAUUUAUCAUGAGAAGAUACCUGAUUCGAAAUCUUUGACUCCCAUUGGAAAAGCUCCAGUUGCAAAACCAACUCCACUACCUGCAACAAUGAGUUCAAAAUUUGUUGAUCUGUUUCAAAAACUGUUUCCCCUUCCUGUUCAUGAUGGAAUUGUUGCUUUUGAUAAUCGCAAAAAUCAAAUUAUUAAUCAAGAAACUGGCCGUUUGAAGGAAGCUACUCUGUUACUGAAUAGUGUGCUUGCUUCUCUAAAUCUUCCUGCUGCCAUUGAAGAUCUCUCUGGUGACAGUAUCCCGACUUCUUUACUGGAUAAGGCUCAGCAAUUGAAAAGGGAUGGUGGAGUAGAAAGCCUCAAUAAAAUGAUGCAAGACUUGCCAGAGUUAUUAGGACGGAACAGAGAAAUUCUAAACGAGUCGACCAGAAUGCUUGAGGAAGAAGCGAAAUCUGAUUCUCAACUUCGAGAGCAGUUUAAAGGGAAAUGGACCCGUACUGCUUCAGGUCAGCUGACAGAAACAAUGAAGAUCGAAGCAUCAAAAUACGAACAGAUUCUGAAUACUGCUAUCCAAGCUGAUAAGAUUGUACAGGAAAAAUACAACAAACACAAAGAAGCUAUAUUGUUACUUUCCAAACCAGAAAAAGAAAUCAAAUCUUCAUUGCCUUCUGCUAAUCCCACGGCUGCCUUACAAGACAGCAAUGUUGUGCAGGAAUUACGCAAACUUAUGGAGCAAGUUGAAACAAUUAAAGCUGAACGAGAAGCAAUUGAGAGAGAAAUUAAAGAUGCUACAUUUGAUAUCAGUAGUAAAUUUUUGAGUGCAAUGGCUCAGGAUGGUUUAAUUAACGAAGAGGCCAUCUCCGUGCCAGAGCUGAACAGGAUUUUUGGUCCUCUUAGAGAACAAGUUUCUGACAGCAUCAACCGACAAAAGGCUCUUUUGAAUAAGAUUCAGACUUCAAACACUGAAUUUUCUAAUGCUAAAGCUUCAAACCAAUCUGGUGCCCAAAGAGAAGCCAUGCUUAAAGAUUUGGCAGCUGGUUUCGAUAUGUACAUUGAAUUGAUGGAUAACCUUCAAGAAGGCACCACGGUACGUUGCCAAAAA